AUGAGCUGCACGCAAGCCCCUCCCCUACCAACCGAUUUAGAUGCCCCGCCAACCUUCCAGGGAUGGUACACCUUCGACUCAUCAUCGGAUUACUGCAAGCCAGUACAACCAUCCUCCACCUCAACGCCCCGCGAUGGGCGCACAACGCAGAGCUCCACCGACACCAAGUCUGAGCCCCAUGCACUCACUCUUGUAACAUGGAACGUAGAUGCCUUCUCCAAGUUUCCCGACGACCGUAUGGCUGGCAUCAUCUCCACCAUACGCAAUCAGACCCCCCCGCCUAACAUACUUUUCUUUCAAGAAGUAUCCCGGGCAGCCUUAGGAUACCUGUUUGACAAUGCCUGGAUCCGCGAGAACUGGUACCUCAGUGAGGGAGACUUCAAGAACUGGGGCGGUUAUGCAUUUGCAACGGUGAUGCUCUUAUCCAAAGCCGACUUCAGCACGGAAGAGCAGGAUACAGAUAAGAUAUGCAUUGGACCAGUCUGGCGAGUCAACUACCCAAGUAGGUUUGACCGGGAUGCUCUCUGCUGUGAUGUCUUCCUGCCACCGUCCGCUACGCGUGUUCGGUUGAUCAAUGUGCACCUGGACUCCCUCGCUCUCCAGCCUAGUCAUCGUCCGCGGCAGCUCGCUAUCGUUGCAGAGAGCCUCCACUUGGCUGGACAUGGCUUUGUUGCCGGUGACUUUAACCCUAUCCUCCCGGAGGAUGACGGUCUGGUUGCAGCUAACAAUCUGGUGGAUAUCUGGAAUGAGACACACCCAGAUGAGCCGGGCUUCACUUGGGGAAUUGAUGGUCGGGAACCGUUUCCCCCAGGCCGCUUAGACAAAGUUGCCGUUCAUGGACUCAAGGGAGACCAAAUCGAGAUCCUACACCCUGGCGCGCUUGAGAGCGCCGGGCAUGGACUGCUCCUACGCAAACUGGACACGCCAUUGCCAUGGAGUGACCACUCCGGCCUCAAGUGUCGUUUACAUCUUGCUGAAGCACCCGUAUGA